CUUUCUUCCUUUAUUUUUAUUUUUAUUUAUUACUAUCUUCUUGUUAUCAUUUUCUCUUUCUCUAUAAUUGUUGUAUUUGAUCUAUAAAUAGAAUUUAACUUCUGUAAAAGGAGGUACUAUCACAAAUCCAAUUCAGGUUACUUACUGUAUGCUAUAUAAUUGGGGUUAGAAUUUAGUGCUUUUUAUUGUCAUUUUUAGCUUACAUAUUUGAAAAGUCUGCUUGAGUCUAUUCUUUUUCUUGAUACUUGUGGGGCUUUGUCUUUGAUUCUAAGCUUCAGCUAAGACAAUUGGUAUAUUUCCCUAACAAGAACAAGAACCUUUCUUUCUUUGACACCCCAUUCUCUUCCCCCAUAUUGAAUUUUGCUGGAAGUUAAAAAGCACAGUUAAAGAUUAAUGUGAAGCUUGUAACUUUCUCUCUGCUGUUUUUAAUAUAAACAAAAGGAAUCUGCUUUCUUUUCAUUAGCUGUUAUUUCACCAAUGCUUUUCACUAUGUUCAUUGUCUACUUUAUGCUCUGAAAGUUUCAUACUUUCUUGUCUCUGGUAAUUACUUUUUCCUUCAUUAGACUAGGCUUGAUCCUAGGGUUCUUGAAACAAGAGGGGGGUUAAAGAUUUUAUGCCUGUUACUUUGGAUUUUUGUUAUCUUUUUUACCUUUGUGUGUGACUGUAGGAUUAAGAGAUUUCUUUUGCUUUAACCUCUUUCUUCUCAUCAGUCCUAUAAAGCUGCCAAGGUUAUUUUGUUCCUUGUUGAGUCCUGCAAGAUAUUACUACCAGUUCUUUUUGGUCAAACCCCACUUUACCUUUUUUAUUUUUAUUUUUAACACACUGUUCUUUCCUUUCUGUCAAAUAGCAAUCAAACUCUUGGCUUGGUUAAAAACAUUACAUUGGUGUUGCCUUUUUGAACUGAGUUCCCAAUAAAAUUUGUGGAUCCUUUAAUUCUUGAAAAUGGCAAGUAAGGAUAAUGGUGAUAUGAGGCUACAACACAGAAAUGGUGGUGAUACUUCCUUUAAUUGUCCUUCUUCAAUGCCAAAUGUUGACCCUUUUAGUGGUUCUGGUUGGGAUCCACUUCUCUCAUUGAAUCAAAAGGAGAGUUUUAAAGGAUCUUCAGUUGUUGGUCACAAUGAGUUUGCUAAUUUGCCUUACCAAUCAUCUCAUUUUGGUCACUAUCCAUCUGAUCCAAAUCUUGUUGAAAUGGUCCCCAAGAUUCCUGCUUUUGGAAAUGAAAGUUUCUCAGAAUUAGUCAAUACUUUUCCUUUACAAGAACAGCUUAGAGGGGGAAGUUGUUAUCCUAACUAUGUCAAGAACAGAGGGAUUUCCACUGAAGGAGCUUUCUUAAAAGGUCCACAUUCCCAAGAAGAGUGCCAAAUUUCAGGUGAAGGUGCUGUAGAGGCUUCUCCUAAUGGGAAGAGGAAAAUUUCAGGAAAUCAUUCUCUAUCCAAUGUCAGCAAGAAUGUCGAAGGAGAGCUGCAGAAGGCUCCAUCAAGGGAUAAUUCAGACUGUUCAAAAGAACAAGACGGGAAAAAACACAAAACAGACCAAAAUAAUAGCUCUAAUUUAAGGAGCAAGGAAGCAGGGAAACAAGUUAAGGAAGAUUCUGAUGGUGGGGAACCUCCUAAGGAUAAUUAUGUUCAUAUCAGGGCUAAAAGAGGUCAAGCCACAAACAGCCACAGCCUUGCCGAAAGGGUGAGGAGAGAAAGGAUCAGUGAGAGGAUGAGAUUGCUUCAAGAGCUAGUACCAGGCUGCAAUAAGAUAACUGGGAAAGCAGUGAUGCUUGAUGAGAUUAUCAACUACGUGCAAUCGCUGCAGCAGCAGGUUGAGUUCCUGUCAAUGAAACUUGCUACUGUAAAUCCGGAACUGAACUUCGAUAUUGAUCGUAUUUUAUCAAAAGAGAUGCUCCAUCAGCAAACGAGCAAUGCAGUUCUUCUUGGUCUUGGUCCUGGAAUGAGUUCCUCUCUUCCUUUUCCUGGAAUUUCACAUGGGAGUUUUACUGGUAUGCCGGGAACUACACCACCUUUCCACCCCUUGCCGCAGAAUGUAUGGGACAAUGAACUCCAAAGCCUUCUUCAAAUGGGAUUUGAAUCAAAUUCCUCUAUGAACAAUAUGGGGCCAAAUGCAGGGCGGUCGAAGUUGGAUCUGUAGAUUUCAGGACAGAUGUUUGUGUUGUUUAACCAUGAUGAGAAGAUUCAAUUACCCCAAUUGACUGCAAAAUCUGUUUGCAUACUUGAACAGAAGAUAUAGUGAAAAUUUACUUUAAUUUUCUGGAGUUGUAUAGGUUAUUAGCUCCUAACUCAUUUUGUGUUCUUCGAGUUUUAGCAGAAGAGAUUAUUUUUAGAUUUAAGAAAUGACUGUACAUUGAAAGCAAGACAUCAUUUGGGGUUAGAUGGCUUGUUUCAAUUGUGUUUGUGCAAGUGUAAGAAUUUGUUUUUAAGCUUUACGAGGAUUUUGAGAGAAAAAACAUUGGUUAUUUUCUUGUAAAGUCUUGUGAUAUCGGAAAAUAGACGGAAUGGAACAUUAAUAUAUCAGUGUUUCUUUUUACUUUUUAGA